AUGUUGUCUACUAAAAACGUCGUCGUAGUAGAGGCAUGGAACACUACCACAACGCAAACGCAAACACAAUCGCAACCGCUACAUAGACCGUCACUAAUACACCCAACUUUCUAUUGGAGUUACAACUGUGAAGUGCUCUUUCCGGGAUGGCCUGGUUCUAAUCGUGCCAUGUAUGCUCUUGCACUUAUCUUUGUCUUCUUUUUGGCGUUUUUCGCUGAGUGGCUCGUUCGGUGCUCGGACGCAGCCUCCAACGUUAAACCAGGUGCUGAUAAGCUUGCAAAAGUGGCGUUUCGUACAGCCAUGUAUGCGGUCAAGUCCGGCUUUAGCUACCUUGUGAUUCUUGCUGUUGUUUCGUUCAAUGGUGGCAUUUUCCUCGCUGCGGUUUUGGGGCAUGCUUUUGGGUUUGUGGUUUUCCGCGGACGAGCCUUUCGGAGUGUUGGUCGGGUCGACGGCUAG